AUGACUAGUUUAGAUGACAGUGUGCUGACAAAAAAAAAUAUAGCACUAUUAGACAACGCCACCAACUAUAUUCGCCCCGCCAUAGAUUAUUUUCAUUUCAAAUUUAACUAUGAUAGCUUGGACGUGUCCACUACCUGGCGCUUGUUGCUGAAAAUGCGCAAGCAUAAAUUAUUAAGGUUACCCAGUUGCUCUUCUGAAAAUGAGUUUGACUAUAGCAUAUAUAUGGCUAGGUUGUAUCAUUGUAUAUGGAGGAGGUGGUCCAUAAAGCACUUCAAUUUAGAUGAAUACAAAAUUGAUCCACUAAGCAUAAACUGGAAUAAAGAAAUAGACGUUACUGUUCUUUACGGACCUGAUCUGGUUGGAAUACAUGAAAGAGAGCAACCUACUCCAACGGACUUUCCUAUGGGGAAUAUAAAGGAACAAGGGAAGCAAUUAUUGGAUGUAAGAAAGGAGGGAAGUGCUUCUUCAUUGCUGAAAAAAGGCAGCGUAUUUUACUCAAAAGGUAAAUGGCUCUCUCAGCGUUCAAUAUCAUUCGAUGACACUGUUCGUAGGCGAGAUAUUGACAAACGUGGGAGAUUUCGUGAAUCAUGUGUUCUAAUAAAUGAUGUAGAACAAUUCCAAAACUAUUCCAUUGUCUGGGACGAGAGUAGACAUCGCUACCGUCGGCAGGCACUUCCAGACACGUACGAUUACGAGCAUCUCUAUCCCAAUGGCGACGAAACUCCUCGGAACACGCCUCACGACAAUAUAAUAAUUCAUCAAAACUUGCAUAGCAUUACGGAAGGCUCUUAUAUCUAUAUAAAGUGA